AGAAUGCCCUACUUUACCAGUGAGGGGAUGAUGGGGCUGGAAGAGGGAAGGAAUGAAAGGAGUGUGAAGGAAGCGCCAGCAAGGAGAGCUGUGGAAGCCCAACCCAAAGACCGCACCUGGGAUGUCGGGAAGGGCCAAGGACAAUGCCAUUCUCUGUCUCAUGGGGCGUCCUCCUGCUGGCAGGCCUGUGCUGCCUGGUCCCCAGCUCCCCGGCUGAGGAUCCCCAGGAAGAUGCUGCCCAAAAGACACAUACAUCCCACCAUGAUCAAGGGGACUGGGAGGACCUUGCUUGCCAGAAGAUCUCCUAUAACGUCACCGACCUCGCCUUUGAUUUGUACAAAGAGCUGGCUGAUCUAUCACAAACCAGCAAUGUCUUAGUCGCCCCAACAAGCGUGGCUAUGGCCUUUGCAAUGCUCUCCCUGGGGACCAAGGCUGACACUCGCACAGAGAUCCUGGAAGGCCUGAAUGUCAACCUCAGUGAGACGCCUGAGGCCAAGAUCCACGAAUGCUUCCAGCAAGUUCUCCAAGCCCUCAGCAGGCCAGACACCUGGCUCCAGCUGACCACCGGCAGUAGCCUGUUUGUUAACAAGAGUGUGAAGCUAGUGGACACGUUUUUGGAGGAUAUCAAGAAGCUGUACCACUCAGAAGCCUCUUCCAUCAACGUCAGGGACACCGAGGAGGCCAAGGAGCAGAUCAACAAUUAUGUGGAGAAAAGAACUGGAAGAAAAGUAGUGGAUUUGGUCAAACAUCUGAAAAAAGACACAAGUCUUGCCCUGGUGGAUUACAUUUCCUUUCACGGCAAGUGGAAAGAUAAAUUCAAGGCUGAGCGCAUUAUGGUAGAGGGCUUCCAUGUGGAUGAUAAGACCAUCAUCACAGUGCCUAUGAUAAACCACCUGGGUAGAUUUGACAUCCACCGGGACAGGGAGUUAUCCAGCUGGGUGCUGGCACAGCACUAUGUGGGGAACGCCACUGCCUUCUUCAUCCUGCCUGAUCCAAAGAAGAUGUGGCAGUUGGAAGAAAAAUUGACCUACAGCCACCUUGAAAAUAUCCAGAGAGCCUUUGACAUAAGGUCUAUCAAUCUACAUUUUCCCAAACUGUCCAUUUCUGGAACCUACGAACUCAAGAGAGUCCUUAGGAAUCUGGGCAUCACCAAGAUCUUCAGCAACGAGGCCGACCUCUCUGGAGUCAGUCAGGAAGCACCCCCGAAGCUCUCCAAGGCUGUGCAUGUGGCUGUGCUCACCGUUGAUGAGAAAGGGACUGAAGCCACCAGAGCCCCCCAUCUGGAGGAGAAGGCCUGGUCUAAGUAUCAGACAGUCAUGUUCAACCGGCCCUUCCUGGUCAUCAUCAAGGAUGACAUCACCAACUUUCCGCUCUUCAUUGGAAAAGUGGUGAAUCCCACCCAAAAAUAACUGCCUGUCACUCCUCAGCCCCUCCCCUCCACCCCUGGCCCCCUCCCUGGAUGACAUUAAAGAAAGGCUGAACUGC